AUGAGUUCUCCAUCAUCACUCCCCCUUCUGGCGCCAUGCCCCGCCGUCUUCGUUUUUGUACUAAAUGCAAGACCGAUGGUCACCUUCAGAGUGAGUGUUGGCAUUGGUUAUGCUCCUACUGCAGACUCCUGCACCCUCGACACAAAUUCCGCACCGCCGCCAAUAUUCAACCUGGACAACUUCCCUGUCCCACUGAUGUACCUGGUACCCCCGCUAGCAGAAAAGUCUUCUCCUGUACCAUCAUGCCUAACUCCUACUGCAGCAUCAUCCAGUAGAAGUAUAGUAGCUCCUACACCCUGUACAUCGCCACUUCAGUUAACCACCAAACCUUUGCCAAGUGAAUCGACAGACACCAGUCCUACAGUCAGACCCAGUUUCUUCUCAGGAAUCUUUGAUUCACCAGAACUGGUCAACCCCCCAGUCCCAGUAGAGGAACAACACCCAGUUCCUGUUCCAACAGAACCCAAACCAGAACCACCCAGAUCUCCAGUCAAUCCCAACCCAGAAGAAGGCCCUGCUGACCAACACCCGAACAACCCAGAAGACGGUGAUCCAGAACCUAGUGAUCAGGAAGAUGAAGGAGAUAUGUCUGACAACAACAGCGGAGUGGUAAACAAGCCUAACCAAUUCGAAGGAGACAAGGGAAAGAGCAAAGAAUUUCUAGACAAAUUAUAUUUGUACUUUGCAGGAAACUCCAAGAAGAUCCAAACCGAUAAGGAUAAGGUUCAAUGCGCUCUUUCAUAUAUCAAAGGACCUGCCCAAUUCUUCAUCCAUACCAUCAUCACUGAUGCGGAAGAACCCAUAUCUGAUUCAGGAGACGCUCCCCUCAAAGGAUUGCCUAGUUGGGCAAACUUCAGAAAGUCCUUCAUCCAGACCUUUGGAGUAGAAGAUGACACUCAGGCAGUGCUAAAUAAGAUCAGCAAGUGCACCUGGGUAAAGUGUGGAGGAAAUGGUCUUUGA